AUGGAUCAAAAAGCAGUAUCAGAGAACAACAGUGGAGGCUCAGACCGCGUCGAACAACUCCACACCAACGAGCGUGUCCCUGGCCAUGAAAACUACUACCAGAAAAAUGGUCUCCGCACCUACGGAGACGGAGCAGACCACGACCACGAAAGUCCCAUGACCUUCAGAAGAAUGAUGUCUCUCAUCGCCAUGGCUUUCCUCUGGACAGGCUCCCAGAUUCCCGUCUACCUCUUCGGAGGCGUGCCGCCGUAUAUCUAUCGAGACAUCGGCGGCCUGGAUCGUUGGGUGUGGUUUGUCCUUGCGAAUUUGCUUUCACUUGCAGCGAUUUGUCCAUUUGUUGGAAGUAUUAGUGAUUUGAUUGGGCGACGCUAUGUUGCUAUUAUUGGUGCUAGUCUCUUGGUGAUCGCCAUGAUCAUCUGCUCGACGGCACAGACGAUGAAUACGUUCAUUUGCGGAAUGGUAUUUGCUGGAGUUGGAGCGGGAAUCAACGAGCUGACUGCCCUCGCCGCCACGUCGGAGCUCGCGCCGACUGCGAAGCGUGGGAAGUAUGUUGCUGUGCUGAUCUUUACCAUUCUGCCGUUCCUUCCUUCUGUGCUGUAUGCACAACUCAUCGCCUAUUACUCAUCAUGGCGGUGGAUCGGCCUGAUCUGUGGUCUCUGGGCACUCAUUGGCUUGGUUAUAGUGGUGUUCUUCUACUUCCCGCCGCCGCGAGUCAACUCACAGGGAAUGUCAAAGAAGGAAGUGCUGCGGCAAAUAGAUUAUAUUGGUGGCAUAUUGUCCGUUGGAGGAAUGUUGCUCUUCAUGAUGGGAAUGCAAUGGGGUGGCUACCAAUAUGAUUGGGACAGCACUCACGUCCUCGUACCAUUGAUUCUGGGGACUGUCAUGAUCGUCGCCUUCGUGGUCUGGGAGAGAUACGCGCCGUACCCAAUGUUUCCUCGGAGGCUUCGUCAGGAUCCACGCAUUUUGGCAUUGACUUUGGUCAUCACUUUCAUCUCUGGAUCCAACUUCUUUUCCAUUCUUAUGUUCUGGCCAACGCAGGCAUUCAAUGUCUACGGACAUGACCCAGUCGGCGUCGGCGUUCGAGGUCUUCCUGUGAGUUUCGGCAUCCUUGGCGGAGCCGUAAUCGUUCUCUGGCUCCUUUCAGUCUUCCGCGGCCACAACAAGGAGCUCAUGAUCGUAUCAUCAGUCUUGAUGACGGCGGGAUGUGGUUCACUCUCAGUUGCGACAGUGGACAACCUGUCUACAAUCUGGGGCCUGCUGUUCCUCGCAGGCUUAGGAAUCGGAGGCAUUGUAGUGCCCGCGUCCAUCAUCACAACAAUCAUUUGUCCCGACGACCUCAUUGCGACCGUUGCUGCUUUGACAUUGUCAAUCCGAGUCCUCGGCGGCAGCAUAGGGUACACUGUUUAUUACAACGUCUUCGUGCACAAGUUCGUGCCAAAGGCGGCGCACUAUAUUGGCGGCUAUCUGGUGACCGAACUCAACAUCACCAGCGAGGCUGUGAUCACCGAGGUUAUUCAACUAACAGGUGUAUCGCUCAUUGAUGAGAUCGCCAAUGUCCCAGGCAUAGCAGGAGUGCCAGGCGCGUGGGAGGCGGUGGUGCGCGCAGGACAGGUCGCAUUCGCCGAAUCUUACGUAUAUGUGUAUUACGUCUCCAUCGCUUUUGGGUCCAUAAGCAUUCUCGCGGCAUGCUUCCUCGGAGACAUCUCGAAGUAUAUGGACGAUCACAUUGCUGUAAUCAUGUAA